AUGGCUGCGACGCACAUGAGGGAUUCUACAAUCAUCUCGUGGCGCACUAUGCUGCACCUCCUUACCUAUUUACCCCCAGAUUGGCACUUAUACGAAGGGCAGCUAGAGCUAACUGCAUCAUGGGUUCUUGGAGCAUGCAACCUGGGUUCAAAAAAAGAUAUGGUAAUCGGUUCUUGUGAUAUGCGUCCCGCGGAUGCACUACAGCUCGUUCGAGACGUCUCUCGCUGCAGAGCUAACACACGGUGCGAAUACCGAUACAGUAAAUAUUCCGCUGCCUUUGACGCUAACAGCAUGGGUGGGAGGCAAGCAGCCAUUGAGCUUGAGCUCCAGCUUGAGCUAAGACGGAGCAAAGGUGGGAGUGAGGAGGAAAACUACCCCAAGAUGCUGCGGAGAGAGAGUUGGGCGGCAGAUCCAAUCCAAGCCCGCGCUGCCGAUCCAGAUGCUUCCACCCAGUUGCGCAGGCUUUUCCGGUGA